CCUACAAACGCCAUCAUGAAGCUAUCCGAGAGCAAAUCCGAUACCUCCAUCAUUGCCAACCUGUACAAAUCGAUCAACAACAGCUAUCGGCGGUUGUCGAACACCAGCAAUGUGCUGCACCGCAUUCCGGAAAUGGAGAUCCCCAACAUGGCGAUUGCCGACGAGUACGACAUCGAGAAGAUGAUCGCCGAGGGUUGCUUUGCCAAGAUCUACCUAGCGCACCAUCGUCCAACCGCGACGACGGUAGUGCUGAAAGCAAUCCACACCGAACUGACCAGUCUGAAGGAGUUUGUGCGUGAGUUCCACUACAACUAUCAGCUCAGCCACCAUCCAAACAUUCUCAGCUGCUACCAGGUGAAGUUUCAAACGAAGGAAUAUUAUGUGUACGCACAGGAGCACGCACCGUUUGGCGAUUUGGCGGCGAACGUGGGAGCGAGUGGACUACCCGAGAGUAGCUGCAAAAAAAUCGCCGAACAGCUCAGCUCAGCGCUCGGGUUUAUGCACCUGAAAGGGCUGGUGCACCGGGAUUUGAAGCUGGAGAACGUUCUCGUCUUUACGCCCGAUUUUUCACGCAUCAAACUGUGUGACUUUGGUACGACAACAAGGGAGGGGGUGCUGGUGAGCAAAAACAACAAAACUUGGACGGCUUUCCUACCGCCCGAGGUGCUAGAGGUGGUCAAGAACGAGCGGUUCAUCUGCAAGGCAUCGUCGGAUUCGUGGCAGUUCGGAAUCGUGCUGUACGUGUGUCUGACCGGAGCGACACCCUGGAAAUCGGCCGACUGGGUACGGGAUGCCAAGUAUGCCGUGUUCAUGAAGUACCAAAAGCGUGAGACGACCAAAAUACCGGAAAACUUUAGACGAUUUACACCUCGAUUGCUUCGCGCCUUCCGACGCAUCUUCGAUCACAGGGACGAGGAUCGAGCGAAGGUGACGGAUAUCAUGAAGUAUAUGAAGAACCGCUGGAUGGAUGGCAAGAUCACGGUGUCGAAGUCGGCUUCCAACAUAGCCAGCGUGGGCCAGCAACAGCAGUUUCAGCAGCAACAUCACCAGCACACUAAUUCCGAUCAGGACUCGGUCAAGUACAUCAACCAUCGCGAAAGUCGCAAUUCGUUCGAUGGCAAGUUGCGAGCAAGGCGAAUGACCAGCGUUGGAGCUCUCACACCGGACUCGGUUCCAGGUUCGAUGAACCUGGCCGGAGCGGAUCAUCAGGAUGCGAUCCGCACCAAAGUGUGGGAUUGGCUGGAAUCGAACGAUCUGAAUGCAAGUGGCAGUGCUGAUGAUCUCACCUUCUGGAGCACUAAGGAUACGAAAACGUUGCAGCUGCAGCAGCAACAUCACCAGCAACAGCAACGGCGCCAGAGCGUGGGAGGCCAUCAGCUGCAACAGCAUCAGCAGGAUCUGAUCAGUUUCAGCGAAACCCACAGCACCAUGACCACAAGCAUGCUGCGGGAAACGAGGACCAUCACCAGCAGUAGUGCGAAAAUGUUCAAAUGA